ACGGUGGACCAAGCUGGUAAACUACUGGUCUGUCUGUGAGGAGGCCCAGCUUCGUGGUACCGCGCUUCCAGCCUGAACUGGGCGUGGCGCUUGUGAGGGACCGGAAACUACAUUUCCCAGCAUUCUUGCGGUGCCCGCCCUACCUCAUCCGGAAGCCAGGGCGGAACUCACCCUGCCCUCUGCUUUCUCCCGCCAACCGGAAAACACAACAUGGGGCGCCGCUGGGCUUGGCGGCUGCUGCGCUCUGCAGGCAGUUGGGGCCGUUGGGUUUCAACCCCCCGCGGGCGUUUCUCGCUGGCCCUGCGGAGAGACUUCUUGACCACCACAGCCAUGGAAGGAUAUGAUAGGAGGCCAGUGGACAUAACUCCUUUAGAACAAAGGAAAUUAACAUUUGAUACACAUGCAUUGGUUCAAGAUUUGGAAACUCAUGGCUACCUUAAAUCAUGUCUACAAAAAUGUUCCUCCCCAACAAAGAAAAGCUUAAAAAUCUAUCAGGAAAUAACAGUACAACAAUUAAUGGCGCAUUUGGACUCCAUUAGAAAAGACAUGGUCAUCCUAGAGAAAAGUGAAUUUGCAAAUCUGAGAGCAGAGAACGAGAAAAUGAAAAUUGAACUAAGCCAAGUUAAACAACAACUAAUAAAUGAAACAAGUCGAAUCCGAGCAGAUAAUAAACUGGAUAUCAAUUUAGAAAGGAGCAGAGUAACAGAUAUGUUUACAGAUCAAGAAAAGCAACUUAUGGAAGCCACCACAGAAUUUACCAAAAAGGAUACCCAAACAAAAAGUAUUAUUUCAGAAACCAGUAACAAAAUUGACACUGAAAUUGCUUCCUUAAAAACACUGAUGGAGUCUAACAAACUUGAGACAAUUCGUUAUCUUGCAGUCUCAGUGUUUACUUGCCUGGCAAUAGCAUUGGGAUUUUACAGAAUCUGGAAGAAGCAGUGAAAGUAUUCUGUAAUGCUCCAGUUGUUGCUGCUGCUGCUGCUGCUGCUGACUCAAGAGCACUGUACUAUGAUAGAUUUACUUUGAACCUUGACAGAUACAGCAUAAACUUACUAUAACAGUUUAUUCAAAGUAUAUAUGCACUAAAGAGAAGUGUUUUCAAAUGGAAAAAAUUAUUUUGUCUUUAUUUUGUAUAUAUGUCUUGAGUAUGUUGAAAACCAGCCAUUAAAAACC